AUGGUUCAUCGUGGCUGGCGGCUUGCUUCCAAUCCACGACGACCCUCAUCGGAAGGUGACAAGAGCUCACAAUACUUACACAAAGCGAUUUCGAGUGCACUAAACCAAUCGAGCUCCCGAAUUCCACUACAAGUGUCAUCAGUAAAGUCCAAACCAAACACAGUCCAAGAAUUUGCGUUCGUCAACGUCACGGAGCCUGGACGACCAAAAGAUGCCGAGACGAAGAAAUUGGUUAGAGGUCAUGUGGUGAAAGAUUCCACGCGGAAGAAGAGGUUGAUAAGACAGUUGAAUGCUGCAAGGAAUGCGAGUGUGGGCUCCGUUACCGAUGCACCUGUAACGAGUUCGAAAAAUAGGCCAGUUGCGAGCGACAGUGAUCCAUCAGCCAUUAUCAUCCCAGGGCCAACCCAAGGGCUCGACCCGCAUCCACAUCUCUCUCCUAUAAUCCAUCACUUGAUCUCCGUUGGCGACGCUAUGUACCCGUUCGUUUCUGCUUUCCGCUUCAAUCCCAUCUCGCCGGCGAAAUGGUUUUAUUGCGCUUUGAAGGACGAUGCUUUGUUUCAUGCGUUGCUGUAUACGACUUCGACGUACUUGGGGCUGUUGAAAGGUGUGACGGAGAACAACGAGGCGAUUGUUCAUGCUGGGAGGAGUAUCGCGCUGGUGAGGGAGAGGUUGGAUAGAAUGGGAAGAGUGGGUGGUUUUGAAGUUGAAGGCACUGUAAGGGCUGUCAGUUGUUUGGCUAUGAGUGAGUGCUUGAGGGGAAACUAUGAGGGCUGGAAACUCCACAUGGGAGGAAUGAAACAAAUGGUGGACUUGAAGGGUGGUUUGACUGGCUUUAGCCCUGGACUGCAACUGAAACUGCAUCGGGCAGAUCUCAAGGGAGCCUCUGAAUAUCUGGUCCCAGCAUUCUUUGCGGAAGCGAAUUCGCUCCCCAAAAUUCCCGCCCAAGAUAUCCGCAAAGGCGGCGAGCAGCUGGGUUCGGUCUUGGCUCUCCUCAAUGUAUUGCCUAUUUCGGCGGACUUGUGUAAUACUUUGAUAUACAUGCACGGACUUUCGCAAUCAGUUUCUGGGAUACUGAUGAGUCCGACGGCACUCACCGGAUCACAGCAAGUAUCGCUCAUGCAACAUAUCUACUCUUUACGAUACAACCUUCUACCAGAUCACUCGCACAGUGUAGAGUUCGCAGAUGACGCAGCGAGAACUUUAGAUGAAGUCUUGAGAAUAGGGGCAUUGCUGUACAUCUCCGAGACGCCGAAAGAGUUCCCCAACGCGGCUGUUGGGCCGCUGAAGAUGGUGAAGCGGCUGAGGGAAUUGGUUAUUUCAGUUCAAAUGUGGAAUGAAAAGGAGGCGGGCUUGGUGUUCUGGCUGCUGUUUUUCGGGGGAAUUGCAGCGCGGCAAAGUGAAGAUAGAGUUUGGUUCUCUGUCCAGAUUGAGAGGCUGAGUAAGAGGCUUGGCAUAAGCGACUGGGAAGAUGUGAGGGGCAGAUUGGAGGUGCUGUGGUGGAUUAAGGGUAUUCACGAAAAAACCUGUAGAAAAUUGUGGGAUGAAGUUUUAAUCUUGAAGGAGAUGAAGGUAGGUAUAACCCACCCUUAG